AUGACGGCGGAGGGCGGCAGCUGGGGCUCCUCGGGCACCGCCAGCACCUCCCCGUCCUGCUCCCCCAACCUGGCGGCCGAGGCCGAAGGUCUGGGCGAGGCUGAGGGCGAGGCCGAAGGUCUGGGGGGGUCCCUGGCGCUGCCCCCCGGGCUGGGGGAGCCGCCGGCCUUCCCGCCGCUGUCCCCCGAGGAGGAGGAGGAUGAGGAUGAGGAGGACGGUGCCUUCGCCCCCGCGGGCUGUGCGGAUGAUGAGGAUGAUGAGGACGGGCAGACGCCGGAGGAGGAGGAGGAUGAGGACGAGGGCUCGGGGCUGAUCCCGGCGGCGCUGCUCCCGUUCCGCGGCAGCCUCCUCUUCCAGGCCGAGGCCGUGGAGAUCUCGCCCCGGGCCCCCGCCGAGGAGGAGGAGGAGGAGGAUGAAGGCAGCACCUCGGCGUCCUUCCUGCGCUCGCUGUCCGAGAGCUCCAUCCCCGAGGGGGGGGACGAGGCCUUCGCCUUCCGCGACGACACCGACGCCUCCUCGGACUCGGCCGCCUACGACGGGGACGAGGACGAGCGGCUGUACGGCACCGAGCGGCACGCGGGGGACACGGGGACCCCCCCGGGGACACCCCCGGCGCCCCCCGGCCCUGCGGGUGUGGAGCUCCACCUCCGGGCCGGGUCCCCGUGUCACCCCGCCGGUCACCACGCGGCUCCCGGCUCCCCGGGGACACCCCCGGCCCCCCCUGCAGGGAACACGGAGCUGGACGGGGACGCCUUUGUCACCACCGCGGGGACGUGGCCCCCGCCGGAGCCCCCCGAGGAGGCGGCAGCGACAGGAAGUUCUGGAGCGGCGCCGGGACAGGGACCUUGCCCAGAACUGGCAGCGACCGGCCCUGUCCCCCGGCCCCCCGCGCUCUGUGCCGGGGACCCCCAGAGCCACCAGCUGGGGGGGACCAGCGGGGACCCCCAGAACGGCCCCGGGGGUGACAGCGAUGGGGACAAUGACCUUGAGCUCAGCGCCGGGACAGCGGCGAGUGCCGAUGGCCACGGAGAGCUGGACCCUGCAGCCACCGGCCUGGGGACAUCGGUGACACCGACCCCCCUGGAUGGGAUGGACACUGCAGCCAGCGAUGUGGUGACACCGGUGACACCCAGCCUGAUGGACCCGGUGGACACUGACCUGGUGACACCAGUGAUACCAACGCCACCGGACGAGAUGGACACUGCGGCCACCAGCCCGGGGACAGCCAGUCCGGGGACAGCCAGCCCUCCUGCUGAGCCGGACACUGUGGCCACCAGCCCGGGGACAGCCAGUCCGGGGACAGCCAGCCCUCCUGCUGAGCUGGACACUGUGGCCACCAGCCCGGGGACAGCCAGUCCGGGGACAGCCAGCCCUCCUGCUGAGCUGGACACUGCGGCCACCAGCCUGGGGACAGCCAGCCCUCCUGCUGAGCUGGACACUGCGGCCACCAGCCCGGGGACAGCCAGCCCUCCUGCUGAGCCGGACACCGUGGCCACUGCCACGGUGACAGCAGGGACACCAACCCCACCAGAUGGGCCAAACACUGCAGAUGCUGCUCUGGUGACACCCAGCGUGAUGGACAGCACAGCCACCAGCCUGGUGGCAUUGGUGACACCCAGCCCGUCAGAUGCUGCAGCCACUGAGGUGGUGACACCCAGCCCCCCAGAUGAGCAGGACACCGUGGCCACCAGCCUGGUGACGCCAGUGACACCCAGCCCCAAAGAUGAGCAGGACACCGUGGCUACCAGCCUGGUGACACCAAGCCCCCCAGAUGAGCUGGCUGUGACAGCCACUGACCUGGUGGCACCCAGUCUGAUGGCCAAGAUGGAAGCUGUGGACGCUGUCCUGGUGACACCGGUGACGUCCACCCUGAAGGAAGCUGCGGCCGUUGACUUGGUGACAUCAGUGAUGCCCACCCUGAUGGCCACCGUGGCCACCAGCCCGGUGCCAUCAGUGACACCGCCCCCCCCGGAUGAGAGGAACCCCGCGGCCACGGACGCGGUGACAUCGGUGACCCCUGCCCCGCUGGACACCACGGCUGCUGCCCCAGUGACCCCGAGCGUGCCGGACCCCACAGCCCCCGAGGCGGUGACAUCGGUGACACCACCCCCGCGGGACGAGACCGCCACCGUGACCGCUGACGCGGCGACCCCCGGCCCGAUGGACACCGUGGCCGCCCACCCGGUGACCCCCGGCCCCCCGGCCGCUGUCCCGGCCCCGUGUCCCCCUCCCCGGGCCGUGUCCCCCGUGGCGCUGGUGGCCUCAGCCCGCGAGUCCCCGGCUGUCCCGCCGUGUCCCCUGCCGCAGCCCCCUGGGGACGGCCCCGAGCACGGGGGGGACGCGGCCACCGCCCCGCCCGAGGCUUUGUCCCCGGAGCCGCCGGUGGCCGCCCCCGAGGGCAGCGCCGGACGCCAAGUGCCUCCUCCCAGCCCCCCCCAGCGACCCCUCAGCCAGGACCCCCCCCUGGGGCUGCCCCUCUCCAGGAAGCACCUGGAAGCCCCCCAGCCCUGCCCGCAGAAGGAGCCGGAGCCGCGGGGCCGGGCGGGGGCUCCGGGGGCUGGGGGCGGCCGCGCCCCCCCCCGGGGGUCUCUGCAGUCGGAGUCGAGCUCGUCCAGCGAGGCUGAGACCCCCCGGCCCCCCCCGGCCCCCCAGCGCUGCCAGCCCAACCACCGAGGGUCCGGGAACGAGUCCGAGAGCAACGACGAGUCCAUCCCGGAGCUGGAGGAGCCCGAGGGCUCGGAGCUGCCCCCCGCCCAGCCCCAGGUGCCCCACGGCCUGGGCCCCGGAGAGGAACCGCUCAGCAAGGCCAAGCAGAGCCGCAGCGAGAAGAAGGCCCGGAAGGCCAUGUCCAAGCUGGGGCUGCGGCAGAUCCACGGCGUCACCCGCAUCACCAUCCGCAAAUCCAAGAACAUCCUCUUCGUCAUCUCCAAACCCGACGUCUUCAAGAGCCCCGCCUCCGACAUCUACAUCGUCUUUGGGGAGGCCAAGAUCGAGGACCUGUCCCAGCAAGUGCACAAAGCGGCGGCCGAGAAGUUCAAGGUGCCCCUGGAGCACUCUGCGCUCGUCAGCGACGCCGCGCCCGCCCUGGCCAUCAAGGAGGAGAGCGAGGAGGAGGAGGAGGUGGACGAGACGGGGCUGGAGGUGAGGGACAUCGAGCUGGUCAUGGCCCAGGCCAACGUGUCCCGUCCCAAAGCCGUGCGCGCCCUGCGGCACAACAACAACGACAUCGUCAACGCCAUCAUGGAACUGACCAUGUAGCGGCCAGGGGAGCCCUGGCCCCCUGUAUAGAUGCACAGAGCCCCCCCAGAUCCUUC